GAGACCAGAGACAUUAUAUACAGAGAUAAACGAAAUCGUGGAGAGGAAGUAACGAAUUAGGGUUUCGACCAAAAAGAUGGAGCCACAAGAAGAAGAGAAGAACGGAACUAUGCAGAGAAAAAGAUGUAAAUCUUCAUCGUCGUUGUCCAUACCUCUCGAUAUAACCACAGAGAUAUUCUUAAAGCUACCUGCGAAAUCUGUCGCAAGGUUUCGUUGUGUUUCGAAGCUUUGGUCAUCAAUCCCCACCUCUCGAUAUUUCACCACCUCGUUCGAAUCUCGACCUAACCUUUUGUUCUUCUUCAAAGAAGGCAAUAGGUUCUUUGUUGUCACGAUUCCUAAACCUAAUCGGAGACCGAACGAGUCCUUUUCUUAUACUUCUUCUGAGAUUCUUGAUAGUUACCAAAUACCCUAUCCAAAACAUAGCUGCCUCACCAUUAAAACCGAGUCGGUCCACGGUUUGAUCUGCUUUCAGAGAGGAACAAAACCUACAGUCUGGAACCCUAUUAUGAGAAAGUUCAAACCUUUACGCAAACCGGACAAGAGCUGGGAGAGUUUAACUGUCUUUUUAGGGUAUGAUCCAGUCGAACGUAAGCACAAAGUAGUGUCCAUGACUUGUGAUCAAGCUUCUGAUGAGUGUCGUGUUUUAACGUUGGGAUCAGAUCAAGAAUCAUGGAGAACGGUCAAAACCAACUAUAAGCAUCUCCCUUGCCGUGGCAAGCGCAAAGACAAUUAUGGACCGUGCAGAUGCAUCAACGGUGUUCUAUAUUAUCGAGCCGAGAUUGGUCCUCACCCGGUUAUAAUGAGUUUUGAUGUAAAAUCUGAAAAGUUCCAUGCGAUAAGAUUACCAUGGGAUGAGGAGUUUUCGCCAAAGAUGAUGAUAUCUUAUAAAGGGAAGUUAGCUUAUCUCGGUCAUUCCAAUGGGACGAAUAGUCUUCCUAUGUGGGUUUUAGAGGAUGCAAAGAAGGGUGAAUGGUCGACUUAUAACUUUUUACCUCUUUCUCACUAUGAUCGGAGUUCAGAGACCCAUUUCAAGCUAAUAGGUAUCACCAAUGAUGGUGAAUUGAUUUACGUACCAUACAUGGUAUUCGAAUCUUUUGAUGUCAUAUAUAUUGAUCCAAUAAGAAAGACGUUUAGGAGAGUCAAAUACAAAGGAGUUGCAGAUAAAGGUUUUAGACAACGCAAUGGACUUGAAGAACAUAAACCUUUACGUGGGAUACAAUAUUCACCCAAUCAUGUUGACACUCUCAUAUCUUUGUGAUUCUUUUUCUUGGUUUUCUUAUUUUUAUAGUGAAACUUUUCUUCAUGCAGCUUUAUGAU